AUGCGCAAAGGUGCUCGCGGAGGUGCGCACGGAGGUGUCCGCGGAGGUGCGCGCGGAGGUGCCCUCCGCCGCGACGGACGAGGUGCGGUCGCCAGCUGCAGGUGCAAGCAUUGUUGCCAUCAUCGCGCGCCCUCUCUGCAGACGGAUUGCUCUGAAGCGUUCUUCAUGCUGUUGCUGUCGCACGCCUUCCCUGCCUCCAUCACCUCUACGCGCGUCUUUCAAGGCGCCUCAAAAGGCGGCGAUGGUGCUGCCAUGCUCGCAGCACUGCCCUCCGCCGAGCCAUGGCGCGAGCCGCCACCCAUGCUGCCCGCCAUGCAUCUGGACUGCACAUGA